AUGCCUCAACACAAGCCUACCGCCUGGACUAUAUGGGAGCAGAACCAUGAAUACAAGCAUAUGACAGAAUCUGCGCCAGGUUCUGGGCCAAGCAGGCAUGCAAAUGCCAUGCCAUGGGAUCAGCAGGUCCAGGGCAGGCCUACUCAAAGCAAAAGCCAGAGGAAGCACCCGAAGCGCACGUCACGCAAUUUCCUGAAGGCAAAAGGAGUGCCACAGGUCCGGCAACCAAAACAGUAUCGUAGACAGCCUAACAUGCCACUCUAUGGCAGCUCUACAGCACGGAACUCUGGCUGGCACCGCACUCAAGUGCAAGUCGUGCCGUCAGAGGGUCCCCGCUCAGAGAGGUCGGCUGCGAUCACCGGAAGGACCCAUAAACCAUGA